AUGACCCUCUUAAUUUUAUCUAAUUUACUAACAUGCUUAUGUAUUUUAUUAGGAGUAGCUUUUUAUACACUACUUGAACGAAAAGUGUUAAGCUACAUUCAGAUUCGAAAAGGACCUAAAAUAAUUGGCGUAAUAGGACUAUUACAACCUAUUUCAGAUGCAGUAAAGCUUUUCACUAAAGAAAUAUUGUUACCACAUAAAACUAACUACAUAAUGUACUGGGUUAGACCCAUAGUGGCUUUUAGUUUAGCAAUGAUAUUUUGAAUUAUGUAUCCUAUAACUAACGGUACAAGAACCUUAAACUUGUCUAUAGUUAUCUUCUUAGUAUUAUCAUCAUUAAAUGUGUUUGGAAUUAUAAUGUCUGGCUGGGCUUCCAAUAGAAAAUACGCUUUUUUGGGAGCAAUACGGGCAAUGGCACAAACUAUCUCAUAUGAAGUGAGUUUUGUUUUUAUUGUAUUAUUUGUUACUUUUUUAUCGUCUAGACUAAGAAUUGAGGAAGUAAACACCGGUUUUGGUUACUUAUUACUGUUUUUCCCGUUAUUGAUAAUUUUUAUUAGCAGUAUUAUAGCUGAGACUAAUCGAGCUCCUUUUGAUUUUGCUGAGGGCGAGUCGGAGUUAGUCUCUGGAUUUAACGUAGAAUAUGGUGGAGGUGGAUUUGUACUGUUAUUCUUGGCAGAAUAUUCGAACAUUUUAUUUAUAUCAGUACUGGCAAGGAGUAUAUGUUUCGGGGUAAGGCAAAUGAGAAUAAUUAGAACAAGGGCUCAAUUCACCAUAAUAUCAUUAUUAUUUCUAUUAGCACGAGGAGCCUAUCCCCGACUGCGUUACGACCUAUUGAUGAGCUUGUGUUGAAAGUGCUACCUUCCAGUAUCUAUAUGUAUUAUUAUUAUAAUUGGUCCGAUAAUUUAG